GUCUGUCUACUUAACAAACGUAGAUACACAAGGUAGCUCGAUAUAAGGAUUAAGAUCGAGUACUAUUGUAUUGAGUACUCUAAGGCUCAUAUGUGGCGGCUGUGUUGGUUACACCACUGUUGUACAAUCAUCGUGCUAAUGAACAUAUCUCUGGCAGUUAGUUCAUGGUCGCUUGUCAGUCUAACCUGUUUGUGUUGUAUAGAUGCGAUCGUCGCCAACCCUACUAAAAGGCCGGUCGGCGCCAGCACAUCCGCGGUCUGUACCUGUCCAUGGACUCCAGGGCAUGCACCGCUCUCCUCGCUUGUAGCACCGACCUUUAGUGCAACCGCCUGCAUCGCAACGUCACGCUACACUGGCAUGCGCCUGAGUCGACGAUCAGCCCACCAGAACCUGGAGAUAAAAGUCAUGGGCCAGUUGGGUACAUUCCAGAUGGGCCACUGUUCAACAGGGCUGGACAGCUAUCCGUCCAUCUUUAGGCACGGCACUGUCUCCUACAUCCACUGCAGCUCCUCUGUGCUCAUGUAGCUGGUUCCAACACUAAUUGGAGCGGGAUUGUCCAAAGUAGUAGUCCGUAGGGCGAUAGACAGCUUGCCGGAGAUGGCACCGAUCGACCUCUGCAGAAAGAGGGGUUAUGUUAGU